AUGGUUCACCUACUGCCUCAUUUAAUUUCUCAGAAUCAAGCAAGUUUUGUGAGGGGAAGGAGUAUAAUAGAGAAUAUCUUGUUGACACAGGAGAUUAUUACUAAUAUUAGACUCAGAACCAAGAAAAGGAAUCAGGUUGUGCUUAAUGUAGUGAUGAAACUUGACAUGACAAAAGCCUAUGAUAGGCUGUCAUGGAUAUUUCUCACAAAAGUGAUGAGGAAAAUGGGAUUUUGUGAGAUGUUCAUAAGUUUCAUAUAUGAACUAGUUGGGAAUAACUGGUAUUCUGUGCUUAUCAAUGGCCAACCACAUGGUUUCUUUCAUUCAACUAGGGGUGUUAAGCAGGGUGACCCUUUGUCUCCUACACUAUUCAACAUAGCAGCUGAAGUUCUGUCAAGGGCCUUAAAUUCAUUGCAUAAUAACUUAUGGUUUACUGGUUUUGGCUUACCUAAGUAG